AUGGGUCUUUCUAGCUUCCUUUUUAUAUAUCCUAACGGCAAGCUCAGUGCAAUCGAUGCUUAUUUCCUGGGUGUCAGCGCCUCGACCGUUACCGGCUUGACUACUAUCGAUGUCCCUGUCCUCAGAACGUACCAGCAGUUGUACCUCUACUUCAUUCCCCUGGUCUGCAAUACUGUGGUCAUUAAUAUCAUCGUCGUCGUCGCGCGUUUGAUCUGGUUCCGGAAAUACCUUAAGAAAGCCGCUCCUACUCUGUUAAGCCGACGCAGAGCCGCAGAUCCAGAUCCCAAGGAAGAUCCUGAGAUCGGUGCCGGGAUUCCCGUUUCGGAGCAGCCUGAACACCGACCCAGCAUUGCGCGUGCUGUCACAGACCGUGUUCCCAGAAACACUGCAGAGAAGGAUGUACUCCCCCAGAUUGAGGCCCGUAGUCAAACGCUCCCAGCUCCUGAUCAAAAUUCACAACGUUCUGUGGAAGAUGGCACACCUCCCGUUAAGGACGACAAGGUGGCCGAACACGGGACGAAGAUCACAUUUGACCCUUCAACCGAUCAUCAUCCUCGGCAUGAACACCAAGACUCUACUCUCUACAUCCCUGGACCCCGCGCCCGUGAUCAAGGACUGCCUUUUGUUGAGCUGAACAGCGGCCGUCCCUUUAGCAGAGAUACACGAGAUGAUGAUACUAUCGAGCCUAUUUCUCGCACCUAUUCUAAUUCCAUCAGAACUCUUCGCCAUCGACGCAGUGGUCUUAUCCUGUCCCAAGUUCGUUCGGUAGAACGUGUUGCUACCGUUGCUUCCUCGCUGUUUGUCAUCGGCAACACUGCUCAAGGUCCUAAGGAGCGUCCGUUAGCAAGAGCGCCGACACUUGCUGUAGGUGAUUUCCCGAACUUGUCGCGUGAGGUGACAAUUGGGCGGAAUUCCAUCUUUCACAACUUGACGUCAGAUGACCGAGAGGAACUUGGCGGUAUUGAGUACAAAAGUCUAAAGUUACUCCUCAAGAUCAUCGUUGGCUACUACGCUUUUCUCCAAUUCCUGGGUGCUGUCUGCCUGAUAGGAUGGGUUAACCAUGCUCCCAGCAAGUAUGUUGACUAUAUUGCUGAAUGUGGUCAGAACCGUUUCUGGUGGGCCAUCUUCUCCGCUCAAACUAUGGUCGCCAACUUGGGUUUCACUUUGACCCCUGACUCAAUGAUCUCAUUCAAUGAUGCCCCGGCUCCGCUGCUUAUCAUGAGCGCCCUCGCGCUUGCUGGACAUACGUUCUAUCCUAUUCUACUCCGCUUUAUCAUCUGGUCUGCGUCGAGAGUCUUUCCAAAACAGUCUUCACUGCAAGAGCCGUUACACUUUCUCCUGAAUCAUCCGCGUCGCUGCUAUACCUUGCUGUUCCCUAGCGGACCGACCUGGGCAUUGUUCGCCAUUCUCACCCUCCUCAACGUCGCCGAUGUCCUCUUCAUCAUUCUUCUUGAUUUGGACAAUCCGACUGUUACAGUUCUCCCGGGAUGGCAGAGAUUUUGCGCCGCUGUGUUCCAGGCCGUCAGUUCACGGCACACCGGUACUGCCACUUUUAAUCUGGCCAACGUCAACCCAGCAGUGCAACUGGCUUUGCUGGUCAUGAUGUACGUUUCGGUAUAUCCUAUCUCUAUCGUGGUUCGAUCUUCCAAUACUUACGAAGAACGCUCCCUUGGAAUCUACGAGGAUGAGCAACAACCGGAUGAGGAAGAUGGCGGUUCCUAUUUUGUGACACAUCUACGGAAUCAGCUCAGUUUCGAUCUGUGGUACAUUUGUCUUGGACUUUUCUGCAUCACCAUCGCAGAGCAUAAGAAGAUUAUGAAUGGAAACGACAUAGCUUUCACAAUGUGGCCCAUCUUGUUUGAGGGUGUGUCGGCAUAUUGUAAUGUCGGCUUGAGUUUAGGAUACCCAACGAUUAGUGCGUCAUUUUGCACCGAAUUUACAACUUUCAGUAAACUCGUCAUUUGCGCCAUGAUGAUUCGUGGGCGGCAUCGCGGGCUCCCAUACGCUUUGGAUCGCGCCAUUGUCCUGCCGACCGAAAAGUCAAUGGGCGACGAGACUACCUCUACGCGCACGCGUUCUCGCGAAUCUCACGAGCAUCAUGAGUAG